AUGUCCGAGGACACUGUGGCCCUUGAACCGGGCAUGGCGCGCAAGGCCCUCUUGUCCGAGCGAGUUCGUCGUCCAGAGUUUGAACAAGACCCUCCUGCGUGGAACCUGUCAUGUCUACUGCGUCUUCUCAGGGUGCGAUCCCACCGUACGCCAGAUGACAGUGGAACUGACACGCAGCCUGAAACCAUACAAAGCUCAACACUUUAUUCGCGCUGGCUACGGAUUGACCGAGUCAUGCGCGUGCUGCGUGAUACUGACGGAAAAGAGGCUGCUGUAAACGAAGAAGACAUGCUGCAGCUACAUGGCCCGGCCAUGUUCAACAAGUACUACGAUGGCGACCCGGAAGCCACGGCCGAUGGUUGGUUCAUUACCGGGGACAGCGCCUAUCUCGACGAGCAGCCAGCUUUACAUCACUGGGCGCACCAUGGACACGCUGCUCGCCUACAGGCCCAUCGCCAGGCUCAGCGCCAGCCGCCCACCUCCGACAUGGAACAGACCAGGAAGCUACUGGCGCCGAGGUCCGGUUUUUGGGUGUGUCGUGCUCAUGCCAGAAAUGAGGGAGAGGCCGGUCGAGGUGGCGUUGAAUGUCAACUAGUGGUUCUUGGUGAAGCGGAUCAGCAGAGGUUCCAGGUACUGGGGCUAGAGAGGGUAGAGUUGACGCAUGUGACGGACGUCACUCAUGGGUCUUGCAAAGCAGCAGGCGCGUUUAUGCCCAGUGGCCAGAUGAACUGUGUCGUUGAUGUUUUUUGGCGUCGAGCCGUCGUUGACGGUAACGGAUCAGAAGGAGGUAUGGCAUAG